UGCUCGAGAUCUUUGCAAAACAUGGUUGAAGUAGCAAAGAUUCCUAGGUUGGAUGCUGAACCCAAGUGCUUUAGGGUAUCAAGGCCAACUGAGGACAACAUUGGCUUGUAUUUCUUUCCACAAGGAAUGAGGCCAAAUGAGGGUUUCGAUAAGCUAGUCAAGGAAGUCAUGGACAAAAAUUUGAUCCUACGAGCUUAUGUCGAUGAAGCCGAGAUGUUGAUAUUUCCUUCUAUUUUGCUACCGGAGCGGCAUCAAACCUUUCAAGGGAAACACUACCUAUGGGGUAUGUUCAAACGCAGAGAGGAUAUGGUCAAUGCAGAAGGAGAACAGACCAUGCGUGGUACACGCACAGGGAAUGGGAGGCAGCAUUGCUCACGUCCUUGUGUGGGCAAAAAAGAUGUGAACAAAGGCGCUAGGACAAACUCCUUGGCUAGACCGAACGAGUCGACACCUCCGGCUGAGCGCACUGUGGCCGAAGCUGCUACUCCGGCUCCUGCCGCCGAUACUGCCACGUCUAAUGCACCAAGUCGCCAGGCUGAACACGCUGCCAACGUAGUUGCCGAGCCGGUUCCUGCCGCCACGUCUCAUGCAGCAAGCUUGAUGCUUCCGGCUGAUCCCGUUGCCGCCGACGUUACCACAACAGCUCCUGCCGUCAGCGCUGCCUCGUCUCAUGCACCAAGCUCGUCAGUUUCUCAGAGAGACAAGCUCCUCCCACCCCCUCUGUUGGCGCACCUCCCACCGGCGCUGGGUCAGCUCCUCCCGCCGCCGCGCUCCUCCAGGAACUCUAGCCGCUCCGCCUCCUCCCGCUGCCGCCGCUCCGCCUCCUCUCGUUGCCGCGCCACCUCCUGCCGCGCCACCCGCCGCCCUCGCGCCUCCUCGGUCACCCGCAGCUGCCGCUCCGCCUCCUGGUCCUGCCGCUCGUCCGCAACAUAG